AUGAAAGCCCGUGGAAAGCCGAAAGACGACCGCCUGUUUGAAACCCCGGAAAAGGAGAAUGAGAAACCGAAUGUGGAACAAAAGAAGAGAACAGCGAAGCGGCCUCCCCUGACGCCGUCAGUAGCGCCACCCAACAAACUCUCCAAUGCCCACGUGCCCUCCAUUGAAGAGCAAAUCAACCAGCAGCUUGCCCAGAACAUGGCGGAACAGGACGGCGCAGGAAACUUUACCGGAGGACACAUGGAACCUGGUGAGUCGCCAUUCAUGUUCUUACUGGCAGAUGUUUUCGUCACGAGCAGAACCAAAACUCACCGAUUGGGCUGGUGGGACCGUCGCUGGAAAAAAGGAUCGCCGGAUUCGUUUUCGACGCAACAGGAAAUGUACCAGUCAGACAUCGAAGAAGGGACACUGAAGCAGUGGCUCAUGGAAGAAUCCGAGAACAACGCUAGGAUUUUAGCGAAGAAAGGGCCGGGAACACCUCACCGUAUGGGAGAACCAAAGAAAGAAAAGAAAAAGAAGGAAGAAACAAAGAAGCCGAAGCUCCCACCAGGAGGCAAAACAAGGAUCGAUGAAAUCAUUAGGAUCGUGAGAAAGGACCUAACUAACGAGUUCGUCUACAACCCGAGACUGAUGGAGCUUUCGGCUGGAGAGAUCGCCAACGAAAUGGAGAGUGUUGGGAUGAUGAUGUCGCUGAAGGCAUCCAAUCUGCCGUCUGCUGUCAAUCAUGCCAGGGCCAUCGCCAAGAAGAAGACCAAAGAAGAUGUUUAG